GGAAUCAAGAUGAUAGCAUAUUUACUACGUAAUGUGAUCCAUUACACACCCAAGGAGGUCCAGUCACGCGAGCUAGAGCUAAGAAGAUGCGUGAAGGUUUAAAUGGCCUUAUUGAGCAGAUCUGGGUUGAAAACAACAUACAACAAGCAAAUCGAAGCUUGGAUGAUUAUCAAGGCAUGGUUUCAAUCAUGUCAAGUGGUGAUGAUAGAAAACACCAAAUGGAUGAUUCCUUCAUGCUCAAAGCUAUGCAACAACAAUUUCAGAGGCUAGACAUCAUGUUUGGUGAAAUUAAAGACAAAAUGGAGAAGCAAGAUGCAACCAUUGCCAAGUUAUACCAAAUACAUAAUGGAAAUCCAAAUUUGCAUAAUCACGGUCUUGAUGACAAUGAUGAAGAUGCAUUCAAUGAUGAUGCCCAGAACUCAAAUUUCAGCAUGGACAGAUUUAUGAGAGGUAGCAUCAAGAUGAAGAUUCCUCUGUUUCAAGGCAAGAAUGAUCCAGAUGUGUAUUUGGAGUGGGAAAAGAAGGUGGAAUUGGUGUUUGAUUUCCAUAAUUGUUCUGAGGAGAAAAAUGUGAAACUAGCAACAGUGGAAUUUACUGAUUAUGUUGUGGGCCUUACUCAAGGGUCUAAAAGCGUUGAGGAUUAUCACAAAGAGAUGGAAAUCGCAAUGGUUAGAGCGAAUGUGGAAGAGGACAGAGAAGCAACUAUGGCACGGUUUAUGCAUGGCUUAAAUCAUGAUAUAGCUAAUGUGGUGGAGCUACAGCAUUAUGUGUGGAGGCAUGUUACCUCGCAAUGUCCUAAUAAGGACUUGAUGAUCUUGAGAGAAGAUGGAGAAAUUGAAACUGAGGGUGAAUCUGAAGAUGAAUCUAUGCCACCAUUAGAAAAUGCUAAUGAUGGUGUGGAAUAUGCUGUUGAUGGAGAACUGCUUGUCACCAGCACUAUUUUAGUUGAAAAGCUUAAUUUACCUAUGACGAAGCAUCCAUAUAAGCUACAAUGGUUAAAUGAUUGUGGAGAAAUCAAGGACUUCAAGGAUGUGUUUCCAAAUGACGUUCCUAAUGGUUUACCACCAAUAAGAGGAAUCGAGCAUCAAAUUGACUUCAUUCCUAGUGCAACAAUUCCAAACCGACCAGCAUAUCGAAGCAAUCCCAAUGAGACAAAAGAACUUCAAAGGCAGGUCGAAGAACUCAUGAAAAAGGGACAUGUAAGAAAAAGCAUGAGUCCAUGUGCUGUUUCAGUGCCACUUGUGCCUAAGAAGGAUGGGACUUGGCUUAUUGGCAUUGGUGCUAUUUUGAUGCAAGAGCGGCGACCUAUUGCAUUUUUCAGUGAAAAAUUGACUGGUGCAGCACUUAACUAUCCUACUUAUGACAAGGAGAUGCAUGCAUUGGUAAGAGCUUUAAAGACAUGGCAGCAUUAUCUUUGGCCUAAGGAGUUCGUGAUACAUAUUGAUCAUGAGUCGUUGAAGCACCUAAAGGGACAAGGUAAGUUGAAUAGACGACAUGCUAAGUGGGUGGAAUUCCUUGAGACGUUUCCCUAUGUAAUCAAGUAUAAGCAAGGAAAGGAAAAUAUUGGGGACGAUGCAUUGUCUCAUAGGUACACACUUAUCUCUACCCUAAGUGCAAAGUUAUUAGACGUUGUGGGAAACCUGGGAACUAAGCUAUUGUUUUCGACUACUUGUCAUCCACAAACUGAUGGACAAACAGAAGUGGUUAAUAGGACGUUGUCAGCCAUAUUGCAUUCUAUUAUUCAAAAGAACCUGAAGAACUGGGAAGAGUGUUUGUCGCACGUUGAAUUUGCUUAUAAUCGAAGCGUCCAUUCAGCAACUAACUAUUCGCCAUUUGAAGUUGUGUAUGGUUUUAAUCCACUUAAUCCUUUAGAUUUAUUGUCUUUACCUAUUGACGAACAAGCUAGUUUGGAUGUGAAAAAGAAAGCUGAAGUGGUUAAGCAACUGCAUGAGAGGGAGCGAUUCCCUGCACAAAGAUGUUCUAAGCUGCAACCAAGAGGCGAUGGACAAUUUCAAGUGAUUGCGAGGAUUAAUGACAACGCAUACAAGUUGGAGCUUCCUGGUGACGAUUUGAGGACAAAUCCUUUUGAGGAGAGAGGGAAUGAUGGGAAUCAAGAUGACAGCAUAUCUACUAUGUCAUGCGAUCCAUUACACACCCAAGGAGGUCCAGUCAUGCGAGCUAGAGCUAAGAAGAUGCGUGAAGCUUUAAAUGGCCUUAUUGAGCAGAUCUGGGUUGAAAACAACAUACAACAAGCAAAUCAAAGCUUGGAUGAUUAUUAAGGCAUGGUAAACAUCAUUCAAGUUCAAGAGAAGCUUAGUUGAGGGCUUGUAACCCUAAUGGGGGAAAGCUAUUGAAUCUGAGUUUUGAGAGACUUUUCUCUUUGGUUCGUUUGAGAACUUUACAGAACUUAUCAAAAUUAUUCUUGUGGCGUUCUAACCUAACUUCUCGUUCUUCAUUGUUCGAGGGUGUGGCGUCAACCGACUUUAUACCUCUAGUUCUUGUUGCGUCAUAGACAACGGGUCAAGGUUUUUACCUUUGGUUCUUGUUGCGACAUGAACAACGGGUUAAGGUCCUAUUAUAAACCUGAUUUACCUUU